AUUUCUGUGUACGUAAAUGGCUUCGUCACAGCUCGUACGUUUCGUCCAAGGACAUUGUCGAGUUAUUACAGUACAUUUCUCGUGGAAGAGCUAAACGCAAACAGUGACUAUUUCUCCAAAUAAAUCUUCUCGAUAAUCAAAAAAAAAUCCAGUCAAAUAGAUAUCGAUCGAUUCUUUGUAUUUACAUAUAUCCCCCUUUUAUCCUUUAACAGUUUAUGCAAACAUCGUUUCUAGCAAACAUAUUCUGUUUUAUACAUUCUUUUUUUUCUGUCACUUUCAUUUUUAUUUCUUUUUUUUUUUCUCUCCCCCAUUUUAUAUGCUUAGUAUCGCCUAAUUAAAAUUGACUAUUUUUAUAUUCAUCGAUAAGAUUGAUACCAUGUAAUCUCAUAAAUAGAUAAAGGAUGUCUGUCUUAUAGUACAAUAUGAACAUAAACGAGAUAACCUUGUUCAUUCUCAUUAUGAUCUUCGUUGCAUUCUAAUUUUUGGUAUUCGUUGAAUUUGAAAAAAAAAAAAAAAGAAAAAAGAAAAAGAAAAAAAGAAAAGAAUAGAAGAAAAAAAGGUUGUAAUGAAAGAACAAUCUUAAAUACGAAGAGAGAAAAAGUUCGUAAGAGUAGAUACGUCUUCAAUGAAGUUUCGUCGAAAAAUAAAAAAAAAACUGGCCAGGGUUUCUGCGAAGUCUGGUUACUCCCACCGCUACGGUUAGUCCAAUCCUCCCCCGUAAACGAGAAUGUUCUAAGCGCAGAUGCAAGAGCUCGGAAAGAAACGAUCUGGUCGACACAAUGACGACGACGACGACAACGACGACGACGACGACGACGACGACGACGACAACGAUAACGACAAUGACGGUGUGUUGAACACAUCGAGCUAAAGGAUUAUCAGUUGUUGAGAUGUCUUCGAUACGAACGGGCUUCCUCUUAGGUCUUCGUACAGUAAGAGAACCCUCACUUGCAGAAUCAAAAUCUUCCGAGUGUGACGUAAAGAGGCUGAAAAAGAAAAAUAAUUAAAGAAAUAAAUACAGAGCUCUUCGUUAUUCGAUAACUCGAUGACUAAGACGACAACUUUUCGAAGAAUUACGAGGUAUCCUUUAAAGGAUAUUAUUGAGUAGAACUCUGUGAAAGGAAAAUAUUUUAAAAAGUGUCGUUUAACAUGAUAAAAAGAGGCCAGAACUUUUUAUCAACGAAAAGUGAACCGUCUCGAGCACGAAUCAAUAACAACACGGCUUCCCGCCAGUUGAAAGCUUCCAAAGUCUGAUCGAAUUACAACACAUUGACCAUUAUCGUCCCAGCAGGACGACAAGACCAUCAACGAAAGGACGAUAAUUAUUAGGAUGAUAACUUGUUGGGUCCUAGCCGGUAUCCUCGGUGCCGUCAUACUUCUUCAUCUCCUCGUCGAGGUUCAUUAUUUCCUACGUAUGUUCCUCACGGUUUUCCUUGCGAGAUUCUGUAAAAAGAAAAUUCAUAUACUUGAUGAGGCAUCGGUCUAUGGUAUUUGUACUACGACCGACGUAGACACUCUUCUCUAUCACAUGAACAAUGCAAGAUAUUUGAGAGAAUUGGACUUUGCUCGAGCUGAUUUUUACGAGCGAACUGGUCUUUAUCGUGAAAUUUGUUCUCAAGGAUCUGGUGUCGUUCAAGGAGCAGCAACGAUACGUUAUCGGCGAUUUCUCAAACCUUUAACUAUUUAUAAGAUAACUUCGAAGAUCAUUUAUUGGGACGAAAAAACGAUUUUUAUGGAACAUCGUUUUGUUACGCCGAGUGAUGGAUUUAUCCGAGCUAUAGCUAUCUGCAGGCAAAGACUUUUAGACUGCAGUGCAGAGACGGUUAUGGGUACUCUCGUUGAUCGAGGUGUUAAACAAAAUGGUAACGUUGAGGCAGGUGUUACACAGAUAACUCACGUGAGGCCAGAGAUACCACCAGAAGUAGCAAGAUGGUUAGAAAGUAAUGAAAUUUCCUCUGCGAUUCUUCGACAAUCAAUUAUACCUACAAUGAAUACUACAACAACAGCAACCACGACGACAAUGACAACAACGACAACAACAACAACACCUUCGAAUUGCUGACAAAACGAGAACGCGACGAAUGGUGUCGCAGAAACGACGAUCUACGUAACUACUACCGUCUAAAUAUAUGAUAUGCGAGAACGUGAAAAGCACCGUGUUUAUAUGUAUGUUCAUUCAGGAUAAUAUUUCCAAGUGCACCGAUCAUUCUUUGUUUGUUGAUAAUUUAAAGAAGAUCUGAGAUUCUUCCUUUAUGUAUAUAUAUAUCUUCCUAUAUAUAUAUAUAUCUUCCUAUAUAUAUAUAUAUAUCUUCCUAUAUAUAUAUAUAUAUAUAUAUAUAUAUAUAUAUAUAUAUAUAUAUAUAUUUCUCAUACGAUUUUUUAUUCCACGUAAAUGUAUUAUAUACAAUAUCUACUUAUGUAUAUGUAUAUGUAGAAAAAAAUAUAACAACGCGGUGCUUUUAAGAUGACUGCUCAGGGCUAUUAUUUGAUGACCGAGAACAAAUAUUUACACGUAGACAUCUAACAAUAAGAUUUAUUCUUAUCGUCGCUUCAAGUUAAAAAAAAAUGUAAAAAAAGAAAGAUACGUUUCGCGAUGUGAAUUAGCAAGGGGGAAAAGAAAAAAAAAAAAGAAAAAAGAAAAGAAAAGACUAGUUCUAUAAACAAAAAAAUGAAGCACGAUGCGAGAAAUUGCGUGCAACUAAUAUAAUAUAAUACAUAUGUAUGUAUAUAUAUUGUAUGUAUGUGCUAUAUUUCUCUUAAAAACUUAAACUAUAAAAAUUAUUAGAUACUUUUACUCUGAUUAUAUACAGGGUAUAUUAAAUUUGAUCUAAUUACGCGAAAUAUUUCUGAGUGAUUAAAGAUUUUAUCGAUGAACAAAGAAAUUAUCGAUGUUAUCUUUUUUCUUUUUUCUUUUUUUUCUUUUUUUCUUUUUUUUUUUUAUGAAUCAAUGCACUUUUAUUAUCAAUUAUGACUUAUAGAAAGAAAAAUUUAAUGGUAUAAAUUUGUUGCUCUCUAUUAAUGAAAUAAUGUCUUACCAGGAUAUUAUUUCGUAUCAUCGAAAAUAACAGCUUAAAUUACUUCAAACAUCAUAUAUAUGUAGGUACAUAACAAUAUAUGAUCUUAUUUAUGACGAGAAGAAAAAAUUUUUACACAAAAAUUUUACACAUGCUCAUUAAUUUAAAUCGAAUUUAUAAAUUAUUAAAUAUGGAUUGAUUAUUAUAUGAAUUAAUUAGUCUUUCUCUUCUUUUUUCUUAUUGAAAUAAGAAUUAAUCUUUUCGCUCUAAACGGUGUAUAUAUGUAUAUAAUAUUAAAAUUUUAUUUCACACUAAACACCAAAUGUCAUAAAAAAUUGACAAUUAUGAAAUAAUAUCAUACUUUGGUCACGAAAUCACAAGAAAUUUUAAUACUAAACAAGUUUUCAUUUUUAAACGUUUUUAUAAUUUUUUUUUAUCUUGUAAUUCUAACAAUAUAAUAUUUCUAAGAGAAAUGUAAAAUAAAAAUAUAACGCGCGUAUUGUUUUCAAAGAAUAAUCUUUUUUUCUGUGAUAAAGUAUAUAAUUAAACUUAUAAAAUAUAAAAAUCAAGCACCGUAAACUUUUCGUACACAAGCACCCAGAGCGAAAGAAUUAAAGAUCAAUUUGCAAAACAAUAUUUAUCCAAGAUAACACACGAGUUUCUAUAAUGUAAUUGAAAUUUUUAUUAAUUGUUGAUUAAUUUCUCUUAACGAUAAAAAAAAGUCUGAAAAAAACAUUUUUUUUUAGUUUUCAUUGAAUCAGACGAGAAUAUCUUCGUUUCUUUUUUUUUUUUUUUUUUUUUUUUUUUUUAUUACGUCACACUCAGAAGUCAUAAAAAUAUUUCUAAAUUAUCAUCUAAUUAUAUCUAUAGAAUGAAUGAAUUUCUAUAUUAGCACAAUCGACGACAAAUUGAAAUUUAUAGUUCGUUUAAAUAAAUAAAGAAAGAAAGUAAUAUAAAAUCAAAAAAAGGAAAAAAAAACAAAAAACAAAAAAAUAAUAGCGAGUAGCAAAAUACGCUUUGUUAUUAUAUAUCUAGAUUGUUCUGUAAUAAAAUUAUUACUACGUUGUGAAUAUGUUCUCGAUGUUAUUGUCGUCCAAAAAAUAUUAGAAAAUAAAGAAUUUACAGAAAUCAA